GCAUGUUUCCCUCGAUGCGACCCUACGAGCUGCAAAGGCCUCUUCUGCUUUCACUCAUUCCAGCUGACAACUAAUCCAGGAUGGACCACGGAGGCCGUGGGACGGGCGUCUCUCAACUUCGCUACGAGGACGAGGAGGACCAUCAGUCCAUCUACAUAGGUGUCCCAGUACCUCGGGGGUAUCGACGCAAACGCAGGCGGAGGCGCUCGGCUCGCGAGGCGACUGAAAUGGACCGCGACAGACACUACGCCCAGCACAGGCCCCAGGAGCACAGCCGCUACGGAGACGUCGAGGAGGGGCUGCUGCAGUCGAACGAGCCCAGUCUACAGGACAUCAACCACACAGGUGAGCCAGGGGCCACGGGGCCACAAAAUGAGAUCAGAUGA